AUGCCGCUGUUCCAGCCGUUCAGGGCGAUAGGGUACAUCACAGAUGACACGCCGUUCUCCGUGCGACGGGUGGGAACCGAGACGUACGUGACCGUUAGCGUCGGUCGCGCCUGGCAAAUCUACAACUGCGCGAAGCUUCGCCUCGUCUUCGUCGGAUCGGAACUUCCCAAGUCUAUCCGUGCGCUGGCCUCUCAUCGCGACCGCACCUUUGCUGCGUUUGGCACCGACAUUGCAGUCUUUUACCGCUCACACCAGGUGGGAACGCUGAAGGGUCACAAGGCGAAGAUCAAGCUUCUUCUGGUGUUUGGCGAAUACCUCCUCUCAGUGGACGAGGCUAGGCAUGUGCUCCUGUGGCCGCCUCUCGGGCAGUUUCAGCUGCCCGAGGGGUUCAAUCCAACCGGGGUAAUUCACCCUGACACGUACCUCAACAAGGUCCUAUUCGCAUCAGAAGACGGGCGCAUGCAGCUGUGGAACGUAAAUUCCAGGAAGCUUCUGUACGAGUUCAAGGGGUGGGGCGUGGGAGUGACGGCACUGGUGGGUUCGCCUGCGUUGGACACGGUGGCAGUGGGGUGCAGCGAUGGCAAGGUGCAUGUGCAUAACAUCCGGCUGGAUAAGCCAGUGGUGGAUUUCACACACGCUGCUGCUGGUGCUGUCACCUCCCUGGCCUUCAACUCAGAUCGCCAGCCGCUGCUGGCGGUGGGAGGAAUGGGAGGGGCUAUCAGCGUGUGGGACCUCACCAACCGCCGUCUGCACUCCAUUAUCCCCGACGCGCAUGAUGGCCGUGUGGCUGCCCUCUCCUUCCUCGUCAAUGAGCCUUUGCUCUUGUCUGCCGGCGCUGAUAACAGCCUCAAGGUAGUGCCCUGGUGUCAUGGUGUCGUAUGGUAUGUCUGUCUUCGCCUGCAUUCCAUAAUACCCGACGCGCAUGAUGGCCGUGUGGCGGCCCUCUCCUUCCUUGUCAACGGGCCUCUUCUGCUCUCAGCUGGGGCAGACAGCAGCCUCAAGGCACCGACGCAUGGUAUAGUAUGUCUGUCUUCGCCUCGAUUCCUUCGUUCGUUCCCUGUCAACCAGCCCCUCCUGUCUGGAAAGUGA